UCCAUGUACAGAAGAGUUCCACAAUAAUGUCAGUACCAGAGAAAGCACAAGAGACUCGAAAUGUUGAUGUGGCGGCGGCAGGACGAGGCGUGUGGCUUGUCAAGAUUCCAAAGUAUUUACAGGAAAAAUGGGAAAAGAAUAAAGCAGGGAAAACUGAAGUGGGAAAAAUGAGAAUCACACGUUCCAGAUUUCCUGGUCAGAAACCAAAGGUGACCUUCACAAUUGAUGAGGAAUUAGCAAAAGGCUCUCCAGGAGACAUGCCCAUCCCACGAGAGCACAACAUGAUUCUGACAGGGCUGGGCAACCAAAACUUAGUUGUCUUCUCUCAGACACCAGUCACAGUUAAACAAGAAUCUAGCUCAGGGUCAGUUGAUGUGGUCACUUCAGACAGGGUCUCGGUGGAGGGGAAGGUCGUACAGCGAGCUGACUGCCAGCCGGACCGGAACCGCAGUUAUCUGAAUCUCAAACGAAUGCAGCUAGAGGCCAAAAACAAACCGCAGCGAGAAGUCAUUCAGAUUACAAAGGUGGUUCCAAUGUAUAAACCUGUCAAAGACCAUGUACACAAUGCACCCUCAACAGACAAAAAUAAAGUUGAAAAGAGGCUGAGGGAGGAUAAAGAGAAAGUCAUGGACAUUUUGUUUAAUGCAUUUGAGAAACAUCAGUAUUACAAUGUCAAGGACCUUGUCUCCAUUACCAAACAGCCAAUAAUGACUUGGUGGGGUCAGGAAUUUCGAGAGAAAAAAAACAUUUUUCCACAACUCCCCUUCUCAUUAAUACUUACUUAAAGGAAAUUCUCAAGGAGAUCUGCACAUACAACAUGAAGGCACCACAUCGCAACAUGUGGGAGUUAAAACCAGAGUAUCGGCACUAUAAAGAACAACAGGCAUCGGGAUGACCUUCACCUCUCAACUUUUGACCUGUAGGUCACGAUUUCAUGAAAUGGUUGCCACCAAAUAUGGUCAGUGAUUCACAAUGGAAUCCUUGUGUCAUUAAAUAAAUGAACUGUCCAAAGUCAUCAAAACGAUGAGUUUAAAACUCAGCCAUGUGAUAUGUCGCUUUGAAAUAAAUUUAGUCUGAAA